AUGGUUUCAGAUCUCUUAAGCUCAUGCGAUGAAGAGGUGAUAAAGUUUCUCCCUGGCUGGAGAUGGGACCAAGUCACUGUCACCGAGAAUAUUGUUAAAGCUGCAGCUGCAGCAAUGAGCACGGACGUAAUGGAAAUGCUACUUGACCGGCGGGGUGACCAAAUUAUAAUCACCAAGGAUAUCGUCAAAGCUGCGGUCAAAAGUUUGAGAACGAUGAUGUUACUAUUUGAGAGGCGAGGCGACGAGAUUACUAUUACCGAGGAUAUUGUCGAAGCUGCAGCUGCAACAGGAAACGAGGAUAUGAUGAAAUUGCUACUUGACCAGCCAGGUCACGAAGUUUUCAUCACGGAGGAUAUCCUUAAAGCUGCAGCUGCAGCAAUGAGCACGGACGUAAUGGAAAUGCUACUUGACCGGUGGGGUGACCAAAUUAUAAUCACUAAGAAUAUCGUUAAAGCUGCAGUCCGAAGUUUCAGAAUGAUGAUGUUACUAUUAGAGAGGCGAGGCGACGAGAUUACUAUUACCGAGGAUAUUGUCGAAGCUGCAGCAGGAAAUGAAGAUUCGUGGGCUAGUAGGAGGAUGGUAAAACUUUUGCUUGACCGGCGAGGCGACGAGAUUACUAUCACAGAGGAUAUUUUGAAAGCUGCAGCAGGAAAUCAAGAUUCGUUGGCUGGUACGAGGAUAAUGGAACUUUUACUUGACCGGCGAGGCGACGAGAUUACUAUCACAGAGGAUAUUUUGAAAACUGCAGCAGGAAAUCAAGAUUCGUGGGCUGGUACGAGGAUAAUGGAACUUUUGCUUGACCGGCGAGGCGACGAGAUUACUAUCACAGAGGAUAUUGUGAAAGCUGCAGCAGGAAAUCAAGAUUCGUGGGCUGGUAUGGGGAUGAUGGUACUUUUACUUGACCGGCGAAGCGACGAGAUUACUAUCACAGAGGAUAUUGUGAAAGCUGCAGUAGGAAAUCAAGAUUCGUUGGCUGGUAAGAGGAUAAUGGUAAUUUUACUUGACCGGCGAGGCGACGAGAUUACUAUUACAGAGGAUAUCAUUAAUAUUGCAGAAGCAAAGAACAAGGGCGUGAUGGAAUUGCUGCUCAGCCGGCGAGGCAACUAG